AUGACAGGCCCGGACCACCGUGAAGCUCAAGAUGUGCUCACGAACUUCACCAAAAUGACAAAAAUCUCAUCGAAGCAACGACACGUGUUGGAAGGCGAGAGUAUGCGUGUAACGAUCUGGUCCUCACCUUCAGCUCUUCACUUUGUGGAGAUGCUUAGAGUAGCCCCAUUGGUGGCAUUUCGUCGAUUCAGUUCGGAGGCAGGGAAGGGUAACCUCAAGAAGAUAGUUGUGUGUCGUAACGGCAGCGUUGCUGCGUGGCAUCCGGAAACCCCAUUCCCGUACGAACACUCGAGGCCUGUUGUAUUAGAAGAAGAAAACAGAGCUGAAUCACCCGUAUCAAACGCAGUAAAUCGUGCUAGCAAGUGGAAGGAAGGUCCCAACGUUCCUCAACUCAAGGAUAUUUUCUAUACGUCGAAGCACGAGUGGUACACAAGUUUCAUAGCCACAGUAGCAACUGAAAUGUUUUUUUAUCCUCAUCGCGUAUACGAUAUGUUAAACUUUAUUAUGCGUCUCUCAUCUUUGCUCAGUCGUUAUUUCAAGCUUGUAAAUCUUGGUAAAUUGUCAUACGCUAAAGGACUGGAAGAGCAACAUAAGUUUCUCGAUUUGGCCAAGAAAGCGAAGGAGAAGGAGGAAACAUUAAAUUUCAUAUUGGCAGUAGAACAUACACCUGUUUACACCGUAGGCAUACGGUCAAAACUGUAUACAGAAGAUGAGGAAAUCCGCUUAAAAGCUUUGGGUGCAGAUUUUUAUAGGACGUCACGAGGUGGUCUUAUAACGUUUCACGGCCCAGGGCAAUUGGUAAUGUAUCCUGUAUUCAACUUGAGACGAAUUGCUCCACGACCAAUCGGUGUCAAGCGAUAUGUAGAGAUGUUAGAACAGGUGAUUAUCAACUGUGCUACCGAGGAUUUCUGCAUUCCAAAAGUGGGUCGGACACAGCAUACAGGAGUAUGGGUCGGUGAAAACCGGAAGCUAGCAGCUCUUGGAAUUGCUGUUUCGCACGGAGUUUCGUAUCAUGGUAUUGCGUUGAACUGUAACACGGAUUUGAGUUGGUAUGAUCACGUCGUCGGAUGCGGUAUUGAGGGAGCCGAAGCGACGUCCUUGAGUCGAGAAUGUUGUCGAGAUGUUUCUAUUGACGAAACGUUACCGAAAAUGGUAAAGCAGUUUGCAAGUGUGUUCAACUGUGAUGUGGCAUGA